AGAAGCUGCGAGUUCGACAGAAUCCCCUUGGGAAGUCAAGAACGACUGCAAGACUUAGCGAAAGGCUGCAACUGGUACAAGAAGACACAAAAAACCUUUUCAGUGAAAAGUGAAAACACGAUGCAACCCACAAAGCACGGCGACAAGUCUUGUGAAAAAGAGAGUAAACUACCUUUGCUGUCGGCUAACACAGUACAAUACGAUGCUAGUAUAGCAUCAUGCCUGCGCCUUCUGCUCCGCCUGGCCUGCCGGACACGUCCGCGCGUAGCCUCUAAGAUGGCAUACUCCUUAUUCCUUUCCUGGCAGUUCAUCGGGCUAGUUGUAUUCUACGUACCGCGUGGCGUUGCGUGUUGUCUGGACGAGGAGGCGGCCACUCAUGGAUGUAACGACUCCAUAGUGUUCCCAUAUGACAAAGAAAUCGAGCUGGUGUGGAUGGUGUCUCAUGUGGCGAACAUUAUUAUUUGUCUUGGUGCAUUACUCAUGUACAAAGGUGUCUCCGGUAUGAGACGUGUCAUGAAAAAAUUGAUCAGAAACCCAAACUUUUGGAUCUUAAUGUUUAUAUGUUUGUUAUCAGCAGCUAGCGCGUUUAUAAUUGUCCUAAAGACAAAAUACGAAGAAGUUAGUGGUGUGGGCUUUGGGAUCUUUGCAUCGUUUUGUUUUCAGUACGCUGUUAUGGCUACUAUGGUACCAAUACUCAACUAUACCAUCAUCUCAAAGGAGUGCUUUUACCGUCAAAAAUGGAUCAUUAAAGCCAAUCUAUUUCUUAUGUUCCUGGUAAACUUCACCAUGUUUGUUUUGGGCUCAGUGCAACUGGGAUUCCAUGUCUCGGGGCUUCCUGGAAUUGAGGAUACGCGACUGCCCAGCAAGUUCGCCAGUUUGUUCCUGAUACUUCGUAGGUUUACCAAUGUGAUGUUUUAUUACACCGUUGAAAAGUUUUUCUGGUUCAAGAUGUUUCAUGAUGGCAAGGAUAUUUUGAGUCACAUGGAAUGUCUUGAUGAACACGAGCAGGUUGAACUGCAAAAUCAACCAUAAAAGCAGAAAUAUCCCAUAAGAAUGACCCAGUAAAGUAUUUACGACGAAAGGAACACGAGGAAUAAGGGAACAGUAUAUUCAAUUUAUUUUCCUCUAACAAACAUGAAUGGCAAAUUUAAAAUACCUCUACAGCAAAUUCCAUCCCACCAGUGAUUAUAAUCAAUGACUGUCCCUUUUUAAAUGGUUUUAAAAAGCCUAGGGCAAGCGCACAUGAUGCCUGUGAUAAUAUAAAACGUUAGGAUUUGUGUCUCUUGUAACGUAAAGUUCAGAAAAAACGUUGUAAACAUCUAAUUCCUGCAAGUUUACGUAGGAAUGAUGCAAAAAUUGAAUCCGGAACUGUCUCUCGGGCCCAAAAAUGCCACAUCGUUUUCGAAUGGAAAACCUACUAGAAUUUCAAACGAAUAGAAAAUUGAAAAUAGAAAAUCAGCUAUACCGAUACAAACAUCUUUAAGCUGUGUUCACAAGGUGUUACUUGGAGUGACGGUGAGCCGUCUGUACAUACAGCGUGCAACAUGCAAUUACAGGCCUUGUGCAAGGAGAUAAGUUUUAUUUUUAGGUGUUAAGGCACGUGCCCCCUGUGCCCAACACCCUGCUAUGGUCCAGAGGAACACUUUUUUAUAGUUUUUAUUAUAACAUUCCAGAUAAUUAUUACAUAAAUAUGCAUAAGAAAGAACAUAUUCUUUGUUAGCUUCGUCGUCAUUGGAACAUUUCUAUGAGCCAGAGGAACACUUCUUUUUUAUAGUUUUUAUUAUAACAUUUCAGAUAAUUAUUACAUAAAUAUGCAUAAGAAAGAACAUAUUCUUUGUUAGCUUCGUCGUCAUUGGAACAUUUCUAUGAGCCAGAGGAACACUUCUUUUUUAUAGUUUUUAUUAUAACAUUUCAGAUAAUUAUUACAUAAAUAUGCAUAAGAAAGAACAUAUUCUUCGUUAGCUUCAUCGUCCCUGGAACAUUUCUAUGAGUAUAGAAAAGACUUCUUGCUUCUAAACAAUAGAAAAAUGGAAGAUGGAAUUAAAUAGAUAAAAAUUAAAUUUAAAUUAAAUAAAAAAAAAUAAAAAGAGCUUUCAUUCUGUAGAUAUCGACUAUCACCAAUGCUACAUGGGAGAUGAAAUGGAAUAGAUAAAAAUAGAAGUUGUCCAAAGAUUCUUCUAACAUUCUAUGGUAGGCGGCGAAAGUUAUUCAACAAUAAACCUAUUCAAUACAUAAAAGGAUAUCUUCACUUUACUUAACUCUGUACCUUACCGUCAACUGAUCAUAAUAAAUUCAAGAAACUGAAA